CUUCGACCGUGACGCACGGACUACACUGCAUCCUGAUUGGCCCACGCUCUGCACCGUCCGCCUUCAGGAAGAAGCCCAUUGGUCGUCGCUGCUUUAAAGGAAAAGACGCCUCGGACCUCUCACCAGCCAGGAGACCCCCGACUCUACAGAAGUCAUUUUUAAAGAUGAACUCCAAUGUGGAGAAUUUGCCACCUCAUAUUCUCCGCUUGGUUUACAAAGAGGUUUCAGCCUUAGCUGCGGACCCCCCCGAGGGUAUAAAGAUCUAUCCGAGCGAUGAAGAUAUAACUGAACUGCACACAGCCAUAGAAGGACCAGAGGGAACUCCAUUUGCUGGUGGCAUUUUCCGAAUGCGUCUGGUCCUUGGGAAGGACUUCCCUGCGGUUCCACCUAAGGGGUAUUUCCUGACCAAGAUUUUUCAUCCCAAUGUCGGUCACAAGGGAGAGAUCUGUGUCAACGUGUUGAAAAGGGACUGGAAGGCAGAACUUGGCCUCAGACACGUCUUACUUACGAUCAAGUGUCUUCUCAUCCAUCCAAACCCUGAAUCGGCUCUGAACGAAGAGGCCGGGCGUUUGCUGUUUGAGGACUAUGCAGAAUACGAGUCCCGUGCUCGUCUGCUUACAGAAAUCCACGCCAUGAGUGGGCCUGGCGGGACAUCUGGAGCUCCUCCGGACCCCAAUGAUGGCCCACAGCCAAAGAAGCACGCAGGUGACCCCACAAAGAGAGCGGGACCCAGUGCCGCAGCUGUGCCAGCAACGCUGGGUAAUGGCGCUAACGGAGCCAGUACCACCACCAGCAAUAACAGUAGUAGUAGUAAUAAUGUAGCAGGGAAAAAGAAAGCAGAUAAAAAGCGUGCAUUGAGGCGACUUUAAUACCUCAGCGAGAUUGUCAGUGUGUGUAUGUGUGAGUGUGCGUGCGUUUGCGAGAGUGUGUAAAUAUAAAUAUGAAGUGUGCUAAUGAUGUUUUGAUUCUCCUUUUUUCUGACUCUUUCUACCACCAGUCCAAUCUUUCCCCUUUGUACUCAUACCUUACACCUGGUUUAUCCAAGACUUUGUCCUGUUGGCAUUAUAUUGAAGACAUUAUGAAAAAUACUUGUUCCUAUAGACUUUUCAGGAUAUCAUGCCAUCAUUUGUUUGUUUUCCUAGGCUGUUCUAUGAGUGAAUAAUACAGGUAAUUUUUUUCACUUUGUAAAACAUGGCCAUUGAUGAAACCAAGCUAACGUUGCCUCAGACUUGAUAGAAUCUCUUUUUUAAAGGUGUUUCCUGAUAAACGCUGCUGUGAUGGUACUGUGUACUGCUCAGCCAGGCCCACUGUUGAGUCUAAGCCACGAUGCUACUUACAGUUUAAAUCAGGUUUUCAAACUGAAUUCAAAAGGAAGGGAUGGUAGAUGUUUUAACAAUAAUGUAAGAAGUCAGAAUUGGGAGAGACAUAAUUGUUAAUAUCACACAAAAUUUUCAUGUUUUUAAAUGAAUUUUUCAUAACAACUGAACGAAGUAAAUCUAUGGAGUCUCAACGCCCUUUCAUUUUAUUUUAUUUCUCUGUUUCACUGUCCAAUAUUUUCAAACGCUGUUUAUAAUUGACAUCCAUAUUCAGCUGUCUUGUGGUUGUGUGUGAAGACAUAGAUCAGUGGCUGUACGGGAACAGGGUAGGUUGACAAACGACUCUUAUUAAAUAAAAAUAAUUGUCUACUCUCUGUAUUAACACAGUGAUGUGACUUGAGCCACCCCUGCUUCCCCUACCAGGCAAUAUGUGCUCUUACAUACCCAGCUCUCCUACCAGCCAUAUGGGUACUAGAGAAUACAUCAGUAGCAGAACUUCCACGUUUGAUAGAAACUGUCUCCCCACCCGUUGCACCGGCAGGGUUUCUCGGGCAGGUUUUCUCUCUGAUCUAAAUGCAUGCGGGGCCUACAUUUCCCAAGGAAACACACUGAAGCGCUGUCUCAUAGUGGAUGGAGAAUGUGCCUCUGAAACUCCUGUUAAUGUGCAGACUGUCGGCGGGAUAUUUUGUGUCCAUUUUAAAUUAUUUAAAUAAAUAAAACAUUGAAAUAUGAGAAGUGAAA